GUUAUUUUUCAGAACAAAAUUCUUCACUUGUAUUCGUGUAAAAUAAAACAAGAGAAAAAAGAUUAUACAGAUUAUUAUUAUUACGUUAUUACCAUUUAAUUUUGUUUACUGGCUUAUAUGGCCAGUCCUAAUGCUGAUUCGCCGCCCCAACCAUACCAGCCGGAUCAAGUCCUUGACCCUAUUGCGGCGCCAGAACAACAAUCACCACGCUCCACGUCAUCCAACCCUUCACCAAGACCCAUUCGAUCUCCAUCGGGUUUUCCCUCCACUGGAAGGCAUCCGACUUAUCGGGGAAUUCGGAGUCGGAGUGGAAAAUGGGUAUCCGAGAUCCGGGAGCCACGUAAAACUACUCGUAUAUGGUUGGGUACGUACUCUACUCCUGAAAUGGCAGCCGCCGCUUACGACGUCGCUGCUUUAUCCCUUAAAGGUCCCGACGCAGCCCUCAACUUUCCUGAAUCUAUUUUAUCUUAUCCAAUACCAGCUUCGAUGUCAGCCAGCGAUAUACGGGCCGCUGCUGCUACUGCAGCGAUGGCCAGGCAGCCCAAGCCAGAAAGCGGGUCUAAUCCGUCUACGGGUCCCCUUGAAAUAGAAGGCACAUCGUCUUCCGGUAUUAGCUAUGUUGAAUCAGGUCAAAAGUUUAUUGACGAGGAAGAGAUUCUAAAUAUGCCGAAUUUGUUAGUGGACAUGGCAGAAGGAAUGUUGUUGAGUCCACCAAGGAUAAACACACCGUCAUCGGAUGAUUCGGCAGGAAAUUCAGAUGAAGGAUUAUGGUCUUACCAGUAAAUUAAAAGAAAAUCCCCAUUUAUCCAGAUACAGUGGUAAUAUAAGUUGUUUGAUAUUUAGCGGUUUGGGUUUUGCUUAGAUUUCCUGCUGUCUGUAUCAGAAUCAUCAGUAUCAACUAUCACUAUCAGUCAAUAGGAAAGUUAGCUCCUUCAAACUGGUAGGCGAUUCUGCUGCACCAUAUUGCUAAUUAGCUUAGCUGUAUAUGUUUUUACACUUAAUUUCAGCAAGAGGACAUAGGGAAGUGUACGUCUAUCUCAUGUUGUUUUUUAGGAAAAAGACGUGCAGGAGACGUGCCUACAUUGUCAUUUUCCUUGUGGAGAAGACGAGUUUGAUAUUUUAUGGUACGGAGAGGCUCUCAUGGCCACAAUUUCUUUCAUUUUGUUUUUUUCCCAGUUUUUUUUGAGUCUCAACUCUCGAGAUAUGGGUUCCUAGAGAAUUUAUUGAACAAUGGCUGCUCUCUUCUUUCUCUUAUGUUAUGAAUCAUAUCCUGAUCUCUUUCUCUUA